CCUAGGCUUUCACAGACACUUUGCUGGAUGCACAUCUGGGCGUUUCCAGAAGGCGAAGCUGACCAGUCCCUGCAGCAGUAGGAAAGGAAGGGGCUGGAACGGUUUGGUUUGUACCGGCCGCAGGCGGCUGACGGCGGAGGCGGUCAAGCUGUCCUCCGAGUCCGGAGAAGGGGUAGUGGGGAGCGCCGUGUGAGUAUGUUACUGAUUUCAUGUGAGGAGCAUAUUCCUGAGCUUUUUAUCCUUUUAGCUUGCUUGAUGUAUAGGUCCUGGAUCCACAAGAGUAAGACAGAUCUGUGAUGUGAGUACACAGAAGCUUGAGGAAAAGAUGUCAUGGAAGGAGACUUCCUAACCUGAGACUUACCUGAGAAGCUGGAGAAUCUUGGAAAAGAGUGGACCCUAGAGUUGCUGGACCCGCAGACUAUCUUGACCAUUUUUCCCAGAGCUAGCAAAGUGUGAAUGUCGUCUCAACCUUCAAUAUCAGCAGUAGCUGUCUAACAAUGGACAAUUCGAUCCAUACGAUGGAAAGGAAAGCUUGGUGUUUUCGGGACUCUGCUCUUUCUCAAGAAGACGAGAAUAUAGCCAGAUUUCUUGAAACAGUAACAUUUAAAGAUGUGGCUGUCGAUCUCACCCAGGAAGAAUGGCAGCAAAUGAAACCUGCUCAAAGGAACUUGUACCGUGAUGUGAUGCUGGAGAACUAUAGCAACCUAAUCACAGUGGGCUGUCAAGUUACCAAACCAGAUGUGAUCUUCAAGUUGGAACAAGAAGAGGAGCCAUGGGUGAUGGAAGAAGAAAUGCUUUGGAGGCACUCUCCAGAAGUUUGGGAAGUUGAUGAGCAGAUCAAGAAGCAACAGAAAACACUUAUGAGGAAAGGCACAUCCAUCUCCAAGAAAACUCUGAUUAAGGAAAAAGUCAUUGAAUGUAAAAAAGUUGCAAAAAUAUAUCCUCUGAGCUCAGACAUUACUUCAAGACAAAACCUCUAUGAAUAUGACUCACUUAAUACAGGUUUGGAAAAAAAUUUAGACUUACUUAGUUAUGAUAAAGGUUGUGUAAGAGAAAAAAAUUUUGAGUGUAAUGAGUUUGGGAAACCAUUUUACAAUUGUUCAUCCUAUGUCAUAACUCCCUUUAAGUGUAAUCAUUGUGGACAAGACUUCCCUCAUAAAUUUGACCUCAUUAGACAUGAGAAAAUUCAUGCUGGAGAAAAACCGUACAAAUGUAAAGAAUGUGGAAAAGUCUUCAGCAGGAAAGAAAAUCUUAUUACACAUCAGAAAAUUCAUACUGGGGAAAAACCGUUUAAGUGUAAUGAAUGCGGAAAAGCAUUCAUUCAGAUGUCAAAUCUCAUUAGACACCAAAGAAUUCAUACUGGGGAGAGACCUUAUGCAUGCAAGGAUUGUUGGAAAGCUUUCAGUCAGAAAUCAAAUCUCAUUGAACACAAGAGGAUUCAUACUGGAGAAAAACCCUAUGAAUGUAAGGAAUGUAGGAAAUCCUUCAGCCAGAAGCAGAAUCUUAUUGAGCAUGAAAAAAUUCACACUGGGGAGAAACCUUAUGCAUGUAAUGAAUGUGGUAGAGCUUUUUCUCGAAUGUCAUCUGUUACUCUACAUAUGAGAAGUCACACAGGGGAGAAACCCUAUAAAUGUAAUAAAUGUGGAAAAGCUUUCUCUCAGUGCUCAGUAUUUAUUAUACAUAUGAGAAGCCAUACAGGUGAGAAACCUUAUGUAUGUAGUGAAUGUGGGAAAGCCUUUUCUCAAAGUUCAUCUCUUACUGUACAUAUGAGAAAUCAUACAGCUGAGAAACCCUAUGAAUGUAAUGAAUGUGGAAAAGCUUUUAGCCGGAAAGAAAAUCUUAUUACACAUCAGAAGAUUCAUACUGGAGAAAAACCUUAUGAAUGCAAUGACUGUGGGAAAGCUUUUAUCCAGAUGUCAAACCUCAUCAGACACCAGCGGAUUCAUACUGGUGAGAAACCCUAUACCUGUACAGUAUGUGGAAAAUCCUUUAGCCAGAAAUCAAAUCUUACUGAACAUGAGAAAAUUCAUACUGGAGAGAAACCCUAUCAUUGUAAUCAGUGUGGAAAAGCCUUCAGUCAGAGACAGAAUCUCCUUGAACAUGAAAAAAUUCAUACUGGAGAGAAACCAUUUAAAUGUAAUGAAUGUGGUAAAGCCUUCUCUCGAAUCUCAUCCCUUACUCUGCAUGUGAGAAGUCACACAGGGGAGAAACCGUAUGAAUGUAGUAAGUGUGGAAAAGCCUUUUCUCAGUGUUCCUUACUUAUUAUACAUAUGAGAAGCCAUACUGGUGAGAAACCUUUUGAAUGUAAUGAGUGUGGAAAAGCGUUUUCUCAAAGGGCAUCUCUUUCAAUACAUAAGAGGGCUCAUACAGGUGAGAAACCCUAUAGAUGUCAGGAGUGUGGGAAGGCCUUUCGAUCAACUGCACAACUUAAUCUUCAUCAGAGAAUUCAUACUGAAGAAAAGUUCUUUGAAUGUAAGGAAUGUGGGAAAGCCUUUACCCGCCCCUCACACCUUUUUCGACAUCAGAGAAUCCAUACUGGUGAGAAACCCCAUCAAUGUAAGGAAUGUGGGAAAGCUUUUCGCUAUGACACACAACUUAGCCUUCAUCAGAUAAUUCAUACUGGUGAGAGACGCUAUGAAUGUAAGGAGUGUGGGAAGGUAUAUAGUUGUGCCUCACAACUAAGUCUGCAUCAAAGGGUUCAUACUGGUGAGAAACCCCAUAAAUGUAAGGAAUGUGGGAAAGGCUUUAUCUCUGAUUCACACCUCAUUCGACAUCAGCGUGUUCAUACUGGAGAGAAACCCUAUAAAUGUAAGGAAUGUGGGAAGGCCUUUCGUCGUAGCUCAUAACUUACUCGACAUCAGAGAGCUCAUGCUGGUGAGAAACCUUAUAAAUGUAAGGGAUGUGGAAUGGCCUUUACUUGUAGCACAGAACUUGUUAGACAUCAGAAAGUCCACACUGGUGAGAGACCCCAUAAGUGUAAGGAAUGUGGAAAAGCUUUUAUUCGGAGAUCUGAACUUACUCAUCAUGAGAGAAGCCAUAGUGGUGAAAAACCAUACAAAUGUAAGGAAUGUGGGAAGGCUUUUGGUCGUGGCUCAGAACUUAAUCGACACCAGAAAAUUCAUACUGGUGAGAAACCCUAUGAAUGUAAAGAAUGUGGGAAGGCCUUUAUUCGUGGCUCACACCUUAGUCAACAUCAAAGAACCCAUUCAGGACACAAGAGAAAGCUUAGAAUUUGAUUGACAUCAGGAAAUUCAUACUAAUUAAGAAAAGAUUACAAGGAAUGUAGAAAAGUAUUUGAUGUUAACAAUUUACUGAGUAUCAGAAUUUGUACUAUGGAUAAUAGGGCCUUAUUAAGGGCCAGAAAUGGUCUAAUACUAGUUACUACUGAGAAACCUUAUAAAUAGUAGAAAUUGGGAGGGGUUUAUUUAUUUCAGAUUUAUUCCACUGGUUUUUGUUUUUUGUUUUUUUUUUUUGGUGGGGAGA